AUACAUAUAAUUUUACCCUUCGUCUUCAUCUUCUUCACAGAUACUUGUUCGCCGUCAAUGGAGUCACUGUUAAUUUCUUCAUCUUCUUCUUUGACAACUUCCCCCAUUUUCCCUUCAUCCAAACACGCCCUUACUCCUAAACCCCAAAACCUCACCUUCAACUCCAAUGCUCGUUUAGUAUUGUUCACCUGUGCAGCGCAGCAGAUGAAUUCACCACCCUCUACGGAGGCGAAGGAAAAGGAGGUGAAGCUAUGGGGUGGCCGUUUCGAAGAGAGCGUCACCGAUGCUGUGGAGAAGUUCACUGAGUCCAUUUCGUUUGAUAAAGCUCUCUAUAAACAGGAUAUCAUGGGUAGUAAAGCUCAUGCCUCAAUGCUUGCUAAACAGGGAUUGAUGAGUGAUAGUGAUAGAGAUACUAUCAUAAAAGGUCUUGAAGAAAUAGAGAGGCAAAUUGAGGCAGGUGAAUUUGUAUGGAGGACAGAUAGAGAGGAUGUGCAUAUGAACAUUGAAGCAGCGCUUACUGAUUUGGUUGGUGAACCUGCCAAAAAGCUUCACACUGCUCGGAGUAGAAAUGAUCAAGUUGCAACUGACUUUCGUUUGUGGUGUCGUGAUGCUAUUGACGGAAUCAUUUCACGCAUUAAGAAUCUUCAGAUUGCAAUGGUUGAAUUAGCUCUCCAAAAUGAGGGUCUUAUUGUUCCUGGAUACACUCAUCUGCAAAGGGCCCAACCUGUUCUGUUGCAACACCUUCUCUUAGCAUAUGUUGAACAGCUUGAGCGUGAUGCUGGUCGCUUAUUAGAUUGUAGAGCAAGGGUGAAUUUCUGCCCUCUAGGUGCAUGUGCGUUAGCUGGCACUGGUCUUCCCAUUGAUAGGUUUAUGACUUCUGAUGCAUUGGGAUUCACUGCCCCCAUGAGGAACAGCAUUGAUGCAGUUUCAGAUCGAGAUUUUGUGCUGGAGUUACUUUCUGCUAAUUCCAUCACUGCUGUUCAUCUCUCUCGCCUGGGUGAAGAAUGGGUAUUGUGGGCAUCCGAAGAAUUUGGCUUCUUAACCCCUAGUGAUAAAGUUUCCACUGGAAGCAGUAUAAUGCCCCAAAAGAAGAAUCCAGAUCCAAUGGAGCUUGUUCGUGGAAAAUCUGCUAGAGUCAUAGGGGACUUAGUUUCACUUCUUGUGUUGUGCAAAGGACUUCCUCAUGCUUACAAUCGUGAUUUGCAGGAAGAUAAGGAGCCUGUAUUUGACAGUGUCAAGGCAAUAGUUGGGAUGCUCGAGGUCUCAGCAGAGUUUGCGCAGAAUGUUUCCUUUAACCGAGAGAGAAUACAAAAAGCUCUACCAGCUGGUCAUCUUGAUGCCACUACACUCGCUGAUUACCUUGUGAAAAAGGGAAUACCUUUCAGAACUUCUCAUGACAUAGUUGGGAGGUCUGUCGCUUUGUGUGUUUCCAGAAACUGCGAGCUUCAAGAUCUUAGCCUUGACGAGUUGAACAGUCUAAAUCCGAUAUUUGACAAGGAUGUCUACGAAUAUCUAGGGGUUGAAAAUUCAAUUAAAAAAUUCAGGUCAUAUGGCUCCACAGGUUCAGAAUGUGUUGCUGGUCAGCUUGAUUACUGGAUUGAUAAGCUUAGUAUCAGCAGAGAGAGGUAAUUCUCUACACAGUAGAAAAUUCUAUGGCUCGUAAGAAUUUGGAAGGCUUCAAUGGAAGAGGGAUUAUGUUGCUAGCUGCUUUUCCCCUAACGUAGUUUUAUAAUCUCUUUAGAGAUGUAUUCAUGUGAGAUUACUUUCACUCAAAAUAUUAGUAACUGAGAGCAAUCAAGAAGUUGAUAUUUUUUUGGUGAAUUGAAUUAAGACUACUUGUGUUUGACAACAAAUAUAAAAAUUAUUGGAACUCAAAA